CGGUCACCUGAUAGCAACAGCGGCGGCCGGGGAGCGUCCAGGGCAGCGGCGGCCCGGCCGGACGCGGAGCCAUGAUGAGAAUUUCCGCUUCCUCUGCCGCAGGGCCCGGCCGCGCCUAGCCCGCGGCGGCUUCGGCGGGAGGCCGUGCCCGGGCCGGGCAGGGAGGGGUCGCGAUGCCGCCGCCGCCGCCGCUGCUGCGCUGGCUCCUGGCCGGGCUGCGGCUGCUGCUGGGCGCGCUGUGCGUGGAGGCUGCCGCGGCGAUCAGCGAGACCCGCUCGACGCUCCCGCAAGGCGGCACGCCCGGGGAGGCGACGCGGAGCAGCAGUGGCAGCAGCAGCGGCAGCAGCCUGGCCGUGUCCGCCCCGCCCGAGCGCAACCAGCCCAUGACCCAGCGCGCCCUGGCGGUGCUCGUGGUGGCCAGCGCCGCCCUCAUCGUCUACUUCGUGAUCCGGACCGUGCGCCUCAGAAAAAGAAACAAAAAGACCCGAAGGUAUGGAGUUUUGGACACCAACAUAGAAAAUAUGGAGUUGACGCCAUUAGAACAAGAUGACGAUGAUGAUGAUACAACAUUGUUUGAUGCCAAUCAUCCUCGAAGAUAAGUAUGUGCCUUUCAUUGAGAGAAAUUAAUCUUAAAUCAACAGAAAGAGGAGGUUAUGCAGGAGGAAUAAGAAGCCAAUAUAUCAACAGGGUUAGGGGGGUAUUUAAAGUGUGUAUAUUAUGGUAUGCUUAGUUUGUUGCAAUAAAUACUAUAACAAUUUGUUGUACCUCUUUGUACAUACAGAAAUACUCUAAAUUCAGAGGGGUGUGCACUAAAAUUCAAAACUAUUUGGAAAGGAGAUUCCCUUUUAAAACAGGGUAUUUUCUGCUUAUUUUAAUUCCCUAUUUGUGUAUAUGUAUUGUAUACUUUUCUGUACCAAUCUGGAAUACGUUCACUUAUUUUUGCCAGUGUAAUAUUUUAAGUCCAUAUAAACAACAUCAUCUUAUGUAUGUGUGAAUUCUGUAGUAUGGCUAGAUUUUGUGUAGUUUAGUUGAGUUUCUUUCCCUAUCUUGAAAAAGCUCUGUGCCAAACUACUGCCUCUUGUUUUCUUUUGGGUUUUUUUGUUUGAAAUAUUUGACUAAAUGAAUGUGAGUUAUUGUAUGUAAACAUUAUUUAAAACUGCCUAAGUGCACCAAUAAAAUGUUUACAAUAUUCCUAA